CACCCACAGAGCACGGUGAACCAGGAGAGAGCAGCAGCAUCUGCAGAGCUCCACAAACAUUAACAGGGAGGAACGAUGAAGCUGCUGGUCUGGAUCAGUGUCCUCCUCUGCAUCUUUGCCGGUCAUCUCAGCGAGGCCAGAGUCAUCCCUGAAGGAGUGCCGUAUGAUGAACCACCAGCCGUCCCCUACUGGCCUUACUCCACCUCGGACUUCUGGAACUACAUCGAGUACUUCAGGUCCAUCGGUGCCUACAACCACAUCAACGAGAUGGCCAGGGCCUUCUUCGCCCACCAGCACCUCGGUGACACCCUGGGAUACGAGACCAACGCAGGACAUGAGCACUGAGGAGGAGGCAGGAGGACGGCAGACAUAAACGAAAAGGAAAGAAAGGAAAUAUGAGAGGAAAUGAAGACAGUAUUACAGAAAAUAUUACAGACAUUAUCACAGAAAGUAA